AUGGCAGAGUCCGACAUCCAAACCCGCUUCUCUCCCGACUCACCCCUCGAACCAGACGUCCUCUCCGAAAUCCAGUCCAUCCUGCGCCUGCACGACCUCUCCGUCGACGACCUCUUCUUCAAAUGGGAGUCCUACUGCAUAAAGAUGGAUCUGGACGCGCAGGCCGGCCUGUCGCUGUCCAGGAUACGAAAUUUGAAGCAGAGCAUACAGGAUGAGCUGGAGAGGGGCCAUCGUGCCACGCAGGUGCGCAACGAGCGGAAGGUUGUGAAUGCCACGCCCAAGGGGAAUCCGGGCGGAGACGUGUUUGGCAUGCUGGACGGGCUGGUGCCGAGCACGCCUGCGACGGGGAGGUUGAGCCGCGCCGGUGCCGCGGGAGGAAGCGGUGCCCUGAAGAAGAGGAUGGACGGCCUGAGGGUGGGCAGUUCGCCGGUCGGCAUGGGCGAUCAGUUGAGGGCUCUGAAGGGGCUUCCCGCCACUUCCUUUGCGGACCGCUUAAACGCAGGAGACGUCGUCGAGGUGCUAAACGGACAUCUUCAACCGGCCGAUGCACCGAUUGCGCCGUUCGCCGAGCCGAGAAUCAAACUGACUGCGGCGUCGGACCUGAAGAAGAUGGCGUACAAGCCGUUGGCUAUGAAGCUCUCCGAGGCAAGCGAGAUCCUGGACGACCGCAUCGACGAGUUCAUCGCGGUGGUACAGGACCACCACGAGCUGGAGGACUCGGCGUUUGGAAGCGCCGCCAGCCAAAGCACCACCGAGGUCGUCGCCGUGGGCAGGAUCGCCUCCGACUCGACCGAGGGCAGGCUCAACCCCGCGUCCCUCGUGCUGGAAACAUCCCGUCGGACAGGAAUGGGCCUCCGGGUGCCUCUGAAAAUGGACAAGAUCCGCGAAUGGUGCUUCUUCCCGGGGCAGAUUGUUGCCCUGCGCGGCCACAACGCCUCGGGCAACGAGUUUGUCGUCAACCAAAUCCUCGACAUACCUCUGCUCCCCAAUGCUGCCUCAACGGCCUCUGCUCUCGAGGGCCACCGAGCAAAGCUCAAGGGCCACGCCGACGCCAUGGACCCGGAUGCUGAUCCCGCACCGCUGACCAUCAUGUACGCGUCCGGCCCGUACACGGCAGACGACAGCCUCGACUACGAGCCGCUCCACGCACUCUGCUCCCGGGCGGCUGAUUCCUACGCCGACGCGCUGGUCCUCACCGGGCCAUUCCUCGACAUUGACCAUCCUCUCAUCGCAACGGGCGACUUCGACCUGCCCGACGAAGCUGUCCCGGACCCGGACACGGCCACCCUGACCACCAUGUUCAAGUAUCUCUUCGCGCCGGCCCUCGCCCGCGCGUGCUCCGCGAACCCGCACCUCACCGUCAUUCUCGUCCCCUCCGUGCGGGACGUCCUCGACAAGCACGUCUCCUGGCCGCAGGACGCGCUGCUCCGCAAGGAACUCGAGCUCCCCAAAUCCGUCAAGAUUGUGUGCAAUCCCAUGACGCUGUCCAUGAACGAAAUGGUCGUGGGCAUCUCGUCGCAGGAUGUUCUCUACGAGCUGAGGGGCGAGGAGCUGGCCAGGACGAGCGGCGACUUGAUGGCCCGGCUGGUCCGCUACCUGGUCGAGCAGAGGCACUACUUUCCGCUGUUCCCGGCCGCGGAGAGGACGCGGCUACCCAAGACGGGGACGGAGAGUGGCCUCGCCACGGGCGCCGUCCUGGAUGUCGGAUACUUGAAGUUGGGAGAAAUGGUGAAUGUCAGGCCCGAUGUCAUGCUGGUCCCCAGCUCUCUGCCGCCUUUUGCAAAGUACCCAUCCUUGUCAUACGCUUCAAAUUUGGUGCUUCAGAUCAAGGGCAAAGCUGACGAGUUAGGUCGUCGAGAGCGUCUUGGCCAUCAACCCUGGGCCGUUGUCGAAACGCAGAGGUGCAGGCACGUUUGCGAGAAUGACGUUGUACCCGCCUGUUGUUGA